AAAGCCCUCAUCCUUUUGUACUAAUCGCUUCGCCGGUUUUCAUAAAGCAUUCUGGUCCACCUAGACCGUUGGAUGUGACGUUGUCAUGUCUGUGCCCAGCUUCGAGGAUCUCUUCGGGUCAUGUACACUGGAGGUGAUAGCUCCAGAUACCUCCAUAAAUCUUCCCGAGCCAGGAGCUGCCGAUGACUGGUUAGUUGCGCUCAAAUCGUCUGGUAUUGAAAGAAGACAAGCGUUCUUCGGUAAGAUACCCUGUCCAUCUGCGGACGUUGAUCCCAAGGAUCCACCUACAUUCCUUCUCGAUUUUCUUGCCCAUGUGCAGGUAUCGCUUGAAGCCACUUAUAUCUCGCAAACACCUACAACUCUCCCUGAAACCCCCCAGACUGCCCGAAAGGACCGCAAGUACGCACAAUCCGAAGGAACUCUUCUUGUUGCUAGUAUAUGGGGUCACAGGCCCGCGGGUUUGUCCAAAGAGAAGCUUUCUCUUUUGUAUUCAGAGGCAAAGAAAGCUUGGUUGGCUGUAUAUGAACUCUCCUUGACCGUGUCGUUUCUUCGCCUCUCGUUCUUGGAUCCUCUUCUGUCCUUGACCGUGUCAACUACAUUACGAGAAAAGGCGGUUUCACUGUCACAAGCAAACCAUCCAUUUGUCAUAUUUCUGUCGGAAAGCGGCAUUCUUGCUAAGCUUUCUGCUUCUGGCAUAAGCUCAUUCGCGAAGCAGCAAAACCAGGAGACAAAUAAUGUCGGGGAGGAUGAUGAGACCGGACUUGAGGAAGUCAAUCUACUAGAAGGUCUUUCAGCUGGAUUCAAUGUUACGCCUGGCUCGGAACCACUUUGGCUUCCAUCCACUCGCUUGGGAAAUGUUAUGCGUCGAGAGCUAUUCUCUCCUUCUACCUGUGCAACCCGUCCACCUAAUGCCACUUUACGGAAAUCAUUUCGCAAAAUUCUCCAGACAGUCUCUGGCUUUCGGGUGAGGAUGCGAACCGUUUUUGUUCCCCACAUCCUCUUUCCGGAAAUGAAUUCAAGGACUGGCUUAAAUGACGAUGAUAGCGAUGCGCAGGAACGAGAGGCAGGGAACAACGAACGUACCGUUGUUCUCUGUGUUGAAGUCGAGAAUUCUGGAGAAUCAGGCUCAGGUGUUGGUUUCUCAUUGGAAAGGGUAGAUGUGAAAAUCGGUGGCGAGGGUGCAUCCGCCAAACUGAUUGUGGAGACGCACACUUUCCCACUUCUGAUUGGGUCUAUGGAACAGUACAAUCUGUUAUACGCUGUUUCAUUCCUCAAGCCUUCUGCGGACUCAGAUUUCUCGCUGGUCGGCCGGCGGUCUGUUGUCGUCCCUGCAAACUCAGAUCUGCAGCGGGCAGGAGCAAUCAAUAUCUAUGGCAAACCUUAUUUGUCGAAGACAGGUGCUCGUAGUGUAUUACCAGAGCCUGCGUCUCCCUUCCCAGGGCAAGCGGCUCUGGCAUCUGCGAUCCCGAAAGUGCAAUCUGUUACUGGGAACAAACAACAUACCCUUCCAAACAAUAUAACAGCUAUACGGGCGAUCAACCCGAAUGCUAACUUUCGCCCGAUACCAUAUCGCGACCAGUCUUCCGCCUCACCCAUCCUUUCUAACAAACAAUACACACCUCCCUCUAUUACUGUACAAAGUUUCUCAAAGUCUCCGCCCACUACAUACGGCAUUCUACCUCCGACCACGCACCUAUUAGGCGUUACUGUACCCAACGGCGGCCCACAUGGUCCAUCAGAUUCUCAAACAUUCGUGACGCCGCCAACACCUGCGUACCCUGCAUUCCCUGCAGCUACUGCUCCAGCAACUUCUCACUUCCAAACGCCACUGAUUAAUCAUCAAGGGGCGCCUGGGCCAAGUGUCGAAAUCCGCAGGGAGCGUGGUCUCGGAAUGACGGGAGCUUCGCCCCAAACUCCUGGACCAACUAUCGUCGGUGGUAUAAUCGAUCCCACUCGAGAUACCCCAGUUACUGGUGGAGAGCCUAUCAUCGUUUCCAUCGGCUUGCUCCCACCUCCUUCGAGUUCCGCUGCAUCUAGGAAAUUAUACCCGUGCGAUCAGUUCACGCUUGACAUCUCCGUGUUCAACCAGAGCUCGUGGACCAGAAGGUUCGAAAUCAGCUGCCCAGAUCCAGAUCGUAGACGUAGACGGAAGAUCGAGCAGGAGAAAGCUGCGCGGGGCGGCAAGACGACUAUCGAGGAGUUACAGAGUGUGAUGAUGCCCCCUGGAAUACUCCCGUUGCAAAACCGCGUGCGAGUUGGGCCGCUGCGUCGAUCUACCUGCCAGUCAGGAUGGAUGGACUUCCUUGCAAUGACUCCUGGCGUGCAUUCGGUCGAGAUUCUUAGUCUCACGGAUAUUGAAACGGGUUUCUCCAUGGAUCUGCGGUAA